AUGGCAGCAUCGUGCCGCGCUGCCAACAGGCUUCGAGGAGCUCUGCUUUCCCACGGACUUCGAUCUCGCUCACAAACUUCCCUCAUAGCUGUCAAUGGCAUCCGGAAGGUCUCUGCUGCGGCAGCUGUCAAGGCCGCUAUCACUGGACAGUCAUACUUUCCGGACGAGCCAAGGGUCCCAAUCGUGAAGACUGAGAUCCCCGGGCCGAAGAGUACAGAGGCAAUCAAGAGACUUAGCCAAGUCUUCGACACCAGGUCACUGAACAUGAUGGCCAACUACAAGGACAGCUACGGCAAUUACAUCGCAGAUCUGGAUGGGAACCUACUCCUAGACGUGUAUGCUCAGAUUGCCUCCAUACCUGUCGGAUACAACAACCCGGCGCUCCUCCUCGCCGCCACAUCCCCUGACAUGGCCUCGGCCAUCAUCAACCGUCCAGCGCUCGGAAACUUCCCCCAGCACGACUGGGCCGAGAUACUCGCCACGGGAAUCCUCAAAGUAGCACCACGCGGUCUCGACCAAGUCUUCACCGGCGUCAGCGGCUCCGACGCCAACGAACUCGCCUUCAAGGCAGCAUUCAUGUGGAAGCGGCAGCAACAACGCGGCACAGCCGACUUCACCCCCGAAGAAAUCGAAUCCUCCAUGAACAACAAGUCCCCCGGCUCACCCGACCUCUCCAUCCUCUCCUUCACCUCCGCCUUUCACGGCCGCCUCUUCGGCUCCCUCUCAGCAACCCGCUCCAAGCCGAUCCACAAACUCGACAUCCCCUCCUUCAACUGGCCGCAAGCCCCCUUCCCCCAAUGCAAAUACCCACUCGACGCCCACUCCGCCGCCAACAUGGCCGAAGAAGCCCGCUGUCUCGCGGAAACCGAGCGGCUCAUCACCGAAUGGCCGCACCCGCCCGCCGCCAUCAUCGUCGAGCCCAUCCAGUCCGAAGGCGGCGACAACCACGCCUCGCCACACUUCUUCCGCGGCCUGCGCGACCUCACGCGCAAGCACAACAUCCUCUUCAUCGUCGACGAGGUCCAGACCGGCGUCGGCGCCACCGGCCGCUUCUGGGCCCACGACCACUGGGCACUCGAGCACCCGCCCGACAUGGUCACGUUUAGCAAAAAGGCCCAGACGGCCGGCUACUACUACGGCGACCACGCCCUCCGGCCGAAUAAGCCGUACCGCCAGUUCAACACCUGGAUGGGCGAUCCCGCGCGCGCGAUCCUGUUCCGCGCCAUCAUCGCGGAGAUUGAGCGGCUCGGCUUGGUCGAGAAUACGGCUGAGGUGGGCAGGUAUACGUAUGCUGGCUUGGAGCGGCUGGCGGACAAGUAUCCCGGGCAGAUUAAUGACUUGCGCGGGAAAGGGCAGGGCACGUUUCUUGCGUUUGACAGUCCGAGGCGGGACGAGGUGCUGAGGAAGGCGAAGAGUGUGGGGUUGAAUCUUGGGGGCAGCGGGGAGGCGGCGGUGCGGUUGCGGCCGAUGCUGAUUUUCCAGAAGUAUCAUGCCGAUAUGUUCCUGGAGCGCAUGGAGAUGAUCUUGAAGUCGUGA